AUGGGUGAACUCAUCAAAUUGACCUUACCAGGUGGACAAGAUUACGCGGUACAACGGAGCACAGAGUUCGAUAGUAGAAAGCAAGCUACUCGAGGAGACCUCUGGUCGGUCCAAGUCACCGCGGUAAUCGCAUCCGAGUCAGUGCAGGUCACGGGCGUUUACGUCGACGACGUGGAAAAGUCGGCCGGGCCCCAGCGGGUAAGCUUCCUUCGUCGGGCUGAGAUGCAGCCGGUUCUCACCGGGAAGCGAAGGAUCGAAGGAAGUAGCGUAGCACCGGACGAACCGCAGGUCCGAAGCCGCCCGGCCCGGCGUGACUGCGUCGGAGCUCGCGAGGACGCAGUCGAGAGGCAGAGAGUGAGGCUCGCCCCCCACUUGGCACCUGGAGAACACGAGCACGACGCUGGCGUUGCAUCGACGACGAGACCUCGAUCGAGAGCAAGCGGAGAGCAGAGCAGAGCAGAGGAAUAG